AUGACAUCGAAAAACGAAACCGAAACAAGCGAUCGAAAAACCAAACCGCUUGUCAUAAUAAAGCCUGAUCAUCAAAAGGACGAAGCGACAUCCAUGUCUGAUGCAGAAAGCGAAAUCGGUGAGGAGGAGGAGGCAGAGGAUCGGUUCCCAAGCAUCACCGACUCAGUCCUAGAACCUCUACCAACACCAUCUUCAAAGAUCGAGAAUCCACCAAUAAUUCGAAACGAAUCAAGAAGCCUCAAGAAUCCUUCUGUAGAUCCAUACGUAGCAAAGCUUGAACGAUAUGAACUGUUUUGUACAAAUCAAAGCUACUACCUUGUGGGAUGCAACAAACAAAAUACAGCCUAUCGAGUCCUCAAGAUGGACAGGACUCGCAUUGAAAUUCAUCCAGACAAUCUCCCCAACAAGCCCGAUGUGCCUCGUCAUGAAAGGCCACCCAACCCCAAUGGCAAUAAUCCCUCUGAUGAUCCAGGUAUGACAGACGCUUCACACACAGCAAAACAAACACUACAACCAUUGAGCGAGUUCUUGACAGAGGAUCCGAAUGUUUACUCCCAACCUGAGAUUAAAGAGAUGCUUGAUAUGAUUCAUGAUGGUAACCGACUUCGACGGGAUGAUCGUCCUGGUGACAAAGGUUUCAACGGUGGUGGACUGAAACCAAUCACAAAGGCAUAUGGAAUUGUUGGUUUUGUGAGGUUCUUGGACUGCUACUAUCUGACUUUGAUUACACGACGUGCAAAGGUUGGUAGCAUUGGUGGCAAUAGUAUCUACACUAUCAAAAACACAGAGACCUUCCCGAUCAAGCCAGCCGAAGGCUUAUCAGCUUCAGAUAUGGGCGCAGACCCUUCUUCUGUUCUGUUGUCCAUGUGGAAUCGUGGAAAACGAAGUGUUGGUCUUGGGUUGACAAAUCGUGAAAUUGCAGAACUCCGAUAUCAGGGGUUGUACCAAGUGGUGGAUUUAACAAAGAAUUUCUUUUUCUCAUACACUUACGAUCUGACUCGAAGUCUUCAAGAAAAUUUCCUCACCAACACAUCCCAACCGUUUCCGCCGCCACCUUUCAAGAUUAUGUUUGCGUGGAACUUUUUCUUGACCAGAGAAUUGCAUCAUUGCACUGACAGUUCAUCACGUUACAACUGGGUCAUGCCCAUCAUUCAUGGUGCGUUUGUUCAACGAAAGCUAAAUGACUACGGCCGGUCAUUGAAUGUCGCACUGCUUGCACGGAGAUCUCGGCAUUUUGCCGGUACGCGAUACCUGAAACGUGGAGUUAGUGAGCAAGGAAAGGUUGCCAAUGACGUUGAGCACGAACAAAUUGUGCAUGAUGAAUCCAAAGCCGCGUCAGAAGGCAUAUUUUCGUCCUACUUGCAAGUGCGUGGCUCGAUCCCAACGUUUUGGACACAAGAAACAAGUUUGACCCUUCCCAAACCUCCCAUCGAGUUGAACCGAGUGGACCCAACCUACACUGCUACUCAGAUGCAUUUCCAAGACCUUCUCAAGAGGUAUGGCAGCCCCAUUGUGGUACUUGACUUGGUUAAACAGAGUGAGAAGCGAGAAAGAGAGGUUCGAGUGGGCAACGAAUACCGGCACGCAAUAGAUUACAUCAACACAAGCAUUGACGAUGAACACAAGGUACGAUAUUGUGCUCUGGAUUACUCACACAUCAGCAAGCAUAGAAACUUGGACGUGAGUACUUCGCUCAAUGAGGUCUCGACGUGGGCUGUGAAUCAAACUGGCUUCUUUUGCUCUUCACCAAAAUGGAAAAUCAUGGAUGGUGGUGACAUCGAGCCAUUCAGUGAGGAAGACAUCAAUGCACAGUCAACGCUCCCUGAUAAAUUUGGAGUACCGGUCUUUCCAAUGGAACAAACAGGCAUCCUAAGAACGAAUUGCAUCGAUUGCCUUGACAGGACAAACGUAGCACAAUUUAGUGCCGGAGUGCAGGCAAUGGAACAACAGCUAGUUGUCAUGGGAAUCCGAUCUACUCCAAAACUGGACCCUUCGUCAAAUAUCGUGAGGGUUCUGAUUGACAUGUAUGUUGAAGUAGGAGACAGUGUAGCUCUUCAGUACGGUGGCUCAGAGGCACACAAGAAGGUGUCGUCAGAGCGAAAUGAAUCGAUCGUUGGACCGAUUGGAAAGCACAAGGAGUUGUUAACUUCGAUUCGACGAUACUACAGUAACGCAUUUACUGAUCGUUUGAAACAGGAUGCCAUGAAUUUAUUUUUAGGAUACUACCUGCCGUUUCGACAUGCCGUCCCACUAUGGGAAAUGGAAACAGAUUAUUACUUGCACAACUUUCACAGUCAGCUCGGUACCGUGCAAUCGAUGAAGGGCUACCAACGAGCUUUUGGUGUGCACGAUUGGGAUAAAAUCUCCGAUGAGGGGUCUCCUUCAUCGAACAAUCAAGCUCAUGACGGCACCCUACCAGCUGCGCAAUCGAAAAGGAUCCAGCUUGUACGAAAUCGCUGUAACUCCCAAAAUCAAGCGUUGUCAUCCUGGUGGAAAGUGGCAAUCCAAGCGAACGUUCAACAGAGAAUGUGGAUGCAGUUAGGCCACAGUGUAGAGACGCCAAUGCUACCAUCUAGGUUUGAGCGUAUAUAUCAACCGUCGAAGAUUGCCCAAUUUGAUCGCUUUUUUGCUCGCUCAUGGGCAACUCCAGUGCGGCGGAUCCAUGCCACACAACAUGGCGACGGAGGUGAUGAUGAAAUCGACUUCACGGAGUUCAGACGGAACGUUUCUGGUAGGCCAAUAGAGGAAUCUUCUAAAAAGGAUAAAGACGAGGAGGAAAAGAAAGAAAUGGAAGUCUCGCUUGAAAAGAUGAUCAAUGACUAUGGAUUUGCCCCAACGAAUGAUCUUACUCUCAAGUCAUUCGUGGAACUUCAGUCGGAAUCGAAUAGAAACUUCGACUCUCUUGGGAUUGAAACUGCUGAUUCAGUAUAUGACAUUGAUCACUUUUUUACUCAUUCGUAUAUUGGUGAUUCUGAUGCGGCAAGAGACCGGCGUUACGACGAGUACUCGAAGUAUGCAACGUCCCAAGAUGAAUUCUCCACCACACCAUUUCGACCGGAAGCUGUUGAGGAGUUCAAGGAAUCACUCCACCCAAACAGCUUAAAUGUGGACGAUGUGGAUGGGAUUCGGAACCUUACAGAGUCAGCUCACAUCGGAAGGAAUAUUGCUUCUGGUCCGUACAGAAACUUUCAUCAUGGUACCUCUGCGAUUGAAGUAACGACAGUUGUUCACGAACAGUUCAAUGCCCUGGACAAUAUGCGUCGACGAGGGGAACUCAAUGAAGGCAUUCCUUUGAUGGAUUCAGAGCUCAAGAGGAGAGGUUUCUAUACAGAUGGAGUGAAGGGAGCCAUCAAGUCUGCUUGGGACGACCAUAUGGCUGCGGAGAGGCACUACUCCGAGGUUUUCUCUGACUGCAGCGCUGCCUGUUUGCGUAGUGACCUCACAACAGAGAAUUCGCUACAGUUGUACACGUCUCUGUUUCCCUCCGACCACCCUCUACCGAUGAAUGAUCUCAUCUACAUUACGGGAAAGAAAACAAUCGAAGACGACAAGACAACCAAGACACAAAGCAAACCACUGAGUACGACGAGAACCGGAUCUUCUUUUGUAGAAAAAGCAGCGAAGGCUGGGAUAUCGAUUACAGCGCAUCAAGACCGAGUUGGAUCUAAGGACCGGCCACUGUUCCAUUUCAAGCGGGAGCAAUCCAUCCCUGUGGGGUUUGAGAUGAUCAAUGAGGGACUGUUCGCAUCGAAGAAGAACAAAUUCAUGGUCUUCAAUGGAGCUGGAGUUGACUCUUGGCGACUUGACACAACUCCAAUUACAAAGACAAAAGGUGUAGAAUAUAUGCUUCUUGGUACAAUAAAGUAG